CCCCACCACAAUAUCGCAUUGACGUUACGUUUGCUCGAGAGAGCGGGAGAAGGUCACCUUGACUGGUUGCUUCUCCUGCGGGCACUGUGCUAGUGCAGCGAAAGCACGCUUUACAGAAGACCGCAGGAACGGACAGGCUGGCUGGCUUGCUGGCUGGCGGACAUAUGUUUUGUCUUAUUUCACUCUCUAUUUUUUUAUGUGUACCCUGCGUAAUGUGUAAUGUUCUGUUCUACAUUAUGACCAAUAGAGAAGAAGGAACUGAAACCACAGCAUUAUCUACCAUGAUCAUCAUCGUAAUCGCAGUGAUAGCGGCAUCUGCAACUGCUGUCGUUGCGUUUCGAAAUAGUAGCGGAUCUCCGGAUACUGGAGGGAAUACAGACGGCGACGCUGCAAGUAACCUGCCGCUUAGAGGAAGAGAUGUUGCUACAACGACGGAACCACAAAAAGCAGGAACGGCAAAAGCGCUGGACUCGAAGAUCCUUCUCUGCACAACCAUGUAUCCCGGAAAGCGCAACAAUCCACCGGACGGCCUGUGUGACCUCAUCGUGUUUCAGAGUUCUACCUACAGCUUCACAGAAUCUGAGCUAGCUCCGCUGAAUGAUUUCAUCGAAAUGGCGCGAUUAUACACGUCAACCCUUUUUGGGUUGGACGUCGCAGAACAAUCGCGAUCAAAGAGCCUGAAGAACCUAAAGACUACGUCGGGCAAGAGCGUCCUCCACUCUCACUGGAAGAAUAACAUUAGGCACUACGGUUCACUCGGUGCAACAAUCACAGCAAAUACGAAUGGCCAGUACAUCGAAAGUCUUGUCGAAUUACUGAAGGUUCUAAGAACGUAUCAGAAUGAAUUCCGCACUAAUUCGUCCGACGACGUUCCCUUCAUCUUCGUAGGCGUUGCGCCGCUUUAUGAAGGGAAACCAGACACGAAGGGCGUUAUGAAGGAUCGCUUCAAUCGGUUGAUCAGCGAUGCCGAGCCUAACAUUGUUCUCUUCCAAACGUCCGACUUCCGAAAUUUCAGCAAGAGUCAUGAGGGUUGCGUAUCGAACGCCAUUACAGUGUGGAAAAACCCUCCACUGAGUGACCAGCCGUCUUUCGUAGACACUCUUACCUUCCGAAAGGCGGUUAACUUGCCCUCAUACACACUGGAAGUUCUCCCGAUAUCACUGUGCAUCCGUGUUACAGUUUUCGAUCAGCGGGUGGACGACCACAACGUCCGACUUGGCAGAGCCGAUAAAUGUACAAGUUCCGCUCUAACUACAAUGCGUGACACGCACUGCAUGAAUGGAAAAGGUGCGCACCAAUUCCAGCAGAAUGUAACGCUGGAUCAUGACAGCAUUGUGUAUCUCGCCGGACUGAAGAACGGGCGCAAAAUAUUUGCAUUCGAGCUCAGCUCCUCCAUCAGAAGGAAGAUGUGCAAAGCAUUCAUGGAGUACGACUACAACGGUGGCUGGGCCAUGUACGACAUGCACUGCAAUGACAAGAAUAACGUCUGCAACGACGGCACCUUCAAGAAGGGCUUUGCUAGGCUUCAUUGGAUGAAACAAUAUAUGUCGCAAGUCUUUACCAGCUGUUGAUGGAAGAGAUCUGGAAGAUAACGUUUAUCCUAUUGACACUUCAGGGCCGCAUUGCACGUCUCUUCUGCAGCGCUUCCAUUAUCAGAAAGUGCAUACUGCAUUAUGUUGUGCAAAAUAAAAUUGAUCAGUA